GCCUGCAUCCUUUGAGACUGUCUAGUGCGCUCUAUGAUGUAGGCAGCAGUGUUUUGCACGUUUGCGCAUGGGCAGUCGCUUCCGUCUGCAUUAUAACGAGAUCAGACGCGCCGCUAAACCUCUUCAGCACCGCUCCAGUACACCGAGCACACGCGCAGUUUUGCAGAUACACUGUCACUUUAAAUAAAACAAUCAGCCAUGGGCAAGGAGAAGCUCCAUAUCAACAUUGUGGUCAUCGGUCAUGUGGACUCUGGUAAGUCCACUACGACUGGCCACCUCAUCUACAAGUGUGGCGGUAUUGACAAGCGAACCAUUGAGAAGUUUGAGAAAGAGGCUGCAGAGAUGGGAAAGGGCUCCUUUAAGUAUGCCUGGGUGCUGGACAAGCUAAAGGCAGAGCGAGAGAGAGGAAUAACUAUUGACAUCUCGCUGUGGAAAUUCGAGACCAGCAAGUACUACGUCACCAUAAUUGAUGCUCCGGGACACAGGGACUUCAUCAAAAACAUGAUUACUGGGACCUCCCAGGCCGACUGUGCCGUGCUGAUUGUGGCAGCAGGUGUUGGCGAGUUUGAGGCUGGCAUCUCCAAGAAUGGUCAGACAAGAGAGCAUGCUCUUCUAGCCUACACUCUGGGUGUAAAGCAGCUGAUUGUGGGUGUCAACAAGAUGGAUUCCACUGAACCCAGUUACAGCCAGAAGCGUUAUGAGGAAAUUGUGAAGGAAGUCAGCACCUACAUCAAGAAGAUCGGCUAUAAUCCUGAUACAGUGGCAUUCGUGCCCAUCUCUGGCUGGAAUGGAGAUAACAUGCUUGAGGCUAGUCCCAAUAUGGCUUGGUUCAAGGGAUGGAAGAUUACCCGGAAAGAGGGUAAUGCAUCUGGGACCACACUUUUGGAGGCUCUGGACGCUAUUCAGCCACCAACACGUCCAACUGACAAACCCCUCCGUCUGCCCCUUCAGGAUGUCUACAAGAUUGGAGGUAUUGGAACUGUCCCUGUGGGCCGUAUCGAGACUGGCAUUUUGAAGCCAGGUAUGGUGGUGACCUUUGCCCCCGUCAACGUGACAACUGAGAUCAAGUCUGUGGAGAUGCAUCACGAGGCUCUCUCAGAGGCCUUGCCUGGGGACAACGUUGGCUUCAAUGUUAAGAACGUUUCCGUCAAGGACAUCCGUCGUGGAAACGUUGCUGGAGACAGCAAAAACGACCCACCGCAGGAGGCAGCCAACUUCACUGCUCAAGUCAUCAUCUUGAACCAUCCAGGGCAGAUCAGUGCUGGCUACGCUCCUGUGCUGGAUUGCCACACUGCGCACAUAGCCUGCAAGUUUGCAGAGCUGAAGGAAAAGAUUGACCGUCGCUCUGGAAAGAAGCUUGAGGACAACCCGAAGAGCCUCAAGUCAGGAGAUGCGGCCAUUGUCGAAAUGAUUCCUGGGAAGCCCAUGUGCGUGGAGAGCUUUUCAGAGUAUCCUCCUCUGGGUCGUUUUGCUGUGCGUGACAUGCGUCAGACGGUUGCAGUGGGUGUUAUUAAGGGAGUGGAGAAGAAGACCCCAACGAGUGGAAAAAUCACCAAGUCUGCUCAGAAAGCCCAGAAGGCCAAAUGAAUGUUGUGUUUGACUGCCAACUCCAGAGACACAUAUGAAAAAGCAGAAGCCAUCCAGCUCUUCUAUCCCAUUGGCUACUUAGGUUUCAUAGUCAGAGACUGCUAUAUAGUUCCAAUGCAUCGCAAAAGUAUCAGAAGGAAAAAAUACAAACAAAGCAGUCCUUUAGAUGACUCUAAUUUGUAUGUUGACUCGUAAGUCUUACAUUCAUGCCAUGUAACUUAUUCAAUAGUGUUUUUAAUAGUUGUGCUCUGCUCUUCAAUUAUGGCUGUGAUUUUACCAUAUGUGACUUUAAAAUCUUUAGAGGUCUGACUUCUGCUCUGGAGUGCAGUUUUAGCCUGUUUUUUUUACAACAUUGUCUUGCAUUGUUUUAGCUAUUGUUUGCAAAAAUACCAUGUGUUCAGUAUCCACUGAUGGGAAGUGUCAUAAAAGACACUAUUUAGUAGACUUUAAGAACCUGUAUGUUUAGUUUGGCAAAACAAUGAAUAUCUAAAAUAGUCACUGUCUGGGCUCUUGCAAUCUUUGACACACUGACAGCUUUAUGUUUAGCACUUUGACUGGCUUAGCGUAGGCUAACCCUGCACAAGCACUUGAUUACUUUAACUGGCAUUAGCUACUGCACCUUACUGUGAAAAAAGAAAAGCUUUCAUGUCAUAUUAAAGAUGUCUCAA